AGUCUCCUCCAAUUUGUCACGUGAUCGUACACGCUCGUACGCCUGCGCCAGCUCUUUCGCGGCGAACAAGAUGUCGGUGCGGUACGAAAAGGACGGCGAGAAUAAAGGGGAGAGCUACCGCGUUGCGGUGCAAACCGAAGUUCCUGAAGAUGGCAGGAAGGCGGACGGCACCCCGCAUCCCCAGAAGCAUAAGAAGAGGACCAAGAAGCAAAAGAAGAAGGAUCUCAAUGAGUUGAAGAAGGAAUUGGAAUUGGACGAGCACAAGAUUUCCCUUGAUGAACUGUAUGCCAGGCUUGGUACGCAUCCUGAUACGGGUCUGACGAAAGCUCGUGCAGCGGAGAUCUUGGCUCGGGACGGACCCAACGCUCUGACUCCGCCCAAGACCACCCCGGAAUGGAUCAAAUUCUGCAAGCAGAUGUUUGGUGGUUUCGCCACGCUGCUCUGGAUCGGCUCGUUCCUGUGCUUCUUUGCGUUCGGAAUUGAGGCGGCCAGUAUUGAUGAACCUAACAAGGACAAUUUGUACCUGGGUGUCGUGCUAGCCACUGUGGUCAUCGUGACGGGUUGCUUCUCUUACUACCAGGAAGCCAAGAGCUCUAAAAUCAUGGAGAGUUUUAAACACAUGGUACCGCAGGAAGCUUUAGUAUUCCGUGAUGGUGCAUGGUCCUCAUUAAACGCUACUGAAGUUGUCGUAGGUGACAUUGUAGAAGUCAAAGGAGGCGACAGGAUACCGGCUGACAUCAGGGUCAUAGAAGCAAGAAGUUUGAAGGUUGAUAAUUCCUCUUUAACCGGGGAGUCUGAGCCCCAGAGCCGCUCUCCAGACUUUACUCAUGAAAACCCGCUAGAGACUAGGAAUAUUGCUUUCUUUUCAACUAAUUGUGUUGAAGGUACGGGCAAGGGUGUGGUGAUCCAGUGUGGUGAUAUCACCGUCAUGGGUCGCAUCGCCAACCUGGCCUCGGGCCUGGACACUGGCAAGACCCCCAUCGCCCGGGAGCUGGAGCACUUCAUCCACAUCAUCACCUCGGUGGCCGUCUUCCUGGGCGUGUCCUUCUUCAUCCUGUCCUUCCCGCUGGGCUACGAGUGGCUGGAGGCCGUCAUCUUCCUGAUCGGCAUUAUCGUGGCCAACGUGCCCGAGGGUCUACUGGCUACUGUCACUGUGUGUCUGACUCUGACUGCCAAGCGUAUGGCCAGCAAGAACUGCCUGGUCAAGAACCUAGAGGCCGUGGAGACCCUGGGCAGCACCUCCACCAUCUGCUCCGACAAGACGGGCACCCUGACCCAGAACCGAAUGACCGUGGCCCACAUGUGGUUUGACAACACCAUCGUGGAAGCAGACACUACCGAGGACCAGUCUGGUGAUACAUUGGACAAGACUACUCCUAGCUGGAAAGCUCUGGCUCGUAUUGCUUGUCUGUGCAACAGGUCAGAGUUCAAGGCAGGCCAAGAGGCGGUCCCUAUCCUAAACAGGGAGACCACAGGUGAUGCGUCCGAGUCGGCCCUGGUGAAAUGCGUAGAGCUGGCCAUGGGCAGCGUGUUGGACUUCCGCAACAAGAACAAGAAACUGGCUGAGAUUCCCUUCAACUCGACCAACAAAUACCAGGUCUCGGUGCACGAGUGCGAGGAAGACAGCCGCUACCUCUUGGUGAUGAAGGGCGCCCCCGAGCGCAUCUUGGAUCGUUGCAGCACCAUCCUCAUGAAAGGCGUGGAGGAGCCAAUGGGAGACGACAUGAAGGUUGCGUUCAACAACGCCUACCUGGAGCUGGGUGGACUGGGCGAACGUGUGCUCGGAUUCUGCCAGUACUUCCUGCCGGAGAAGGAGUUCCCCCAAGGGUUUGAGUUCGACGCUGAGGAUGUCAACUUCCCACUGGAGGGUCUGUGCUUCGUGGGCCUCAUGUCCAUGAUCGAUCCCCCGCGUGCCGCGGUGCCUGACGCCGUGGGCAAGUGCAGGAGUGCUGGUAUCAAGGUUAUCAUGGUUACCGGUGAUCAUCCCAUCACAGCCAAGGCUAUCGCCAAGGGUGUGGGCAUCAUCUCUGAGGGCAACGAGACCGUGGAGGACAUUGCCGAACGUCUCGGGAUCGACGCCUCUGAAGUCAACAAAGCGGAUGCUAAGGCUGUGGUGGUCCACGGUUCUGAGCUCCGCGACAUCACCAACGAGGAGCUGGACGACAUCCUGGUGAACCACACAGAGAUUGUCUUUGCCCGGACCUCCCCGCAGCAGAAGCUGAUCAUCGUGGAGGGCUGCCAGCGCGGCGGUGCCAUCGUGGCUGUGACCGGAGACGGUGUCAAUGACUCCCCUGCCCUCAAGAAGGCUGAUAUUGGUGUGGCUAUGGGUAUUGCUGGCUCCGACGUGAGUAAGCAAGCUGCCGACAUGAUCUUGCUGGAUGACAACUUUGCCUCCAUCGUGACCGGUGUGGAAGAAGGCCGUCUGAUCUUUGACAACUUGAAGAAAUCCAUUGCCUACACCCUGACCAGCAACAUCCCCGAAAUCUCCCCCUUCCUGUUCUUCAUUCUGGCCCAGGUGCCCCUCCCGCUGGGCACUGUCACCAUCCUCUGCAUCGAUCUGGGCACUGACUUGGUUCCUGCCAUUUCCCUGGCUUACGAAGAAGCCGAGAGUGACAUCAUGAAGCGACAGCCCCGUGACCCCAUCAAUGACAAGCUCGUCAACGACCGAUUGAUCAGUAUGUCCUACGGUCAAAUCGGUAUGAUGCAGGCCUCGGGUGGUUUCUUCACCUACUUUGUCAUCAUGGCCGAGAACGGUUUCCUGCCCUACACGCUGUUCAACCUGCGUCGGGACUGGGACAACCGGGGCGUCAACAACGUGGAGGAUUCCUACGGGCAAGAGUGGAGUUACAGACAGCGCAAGGUGCUUGAGUACACCUGCCACACGGCCUUCUUCACCAGCAUCGUGGUGGUGCAGUGGGCGGAUCUGAUCAUCUGCAAGACCAGACGCAACUCCCUCAUCCAGCAGGGAAUGAGCAACUGGGUGCUGAACUUUGGUCUGGUGUUCGAGACUGCCCUCGCUGCAUUCCUCUCCUACACGCCAGGUCUGGAGAACGGACUCCGCAUGUACCCGCUCAGGAUCGGAUGGUGGUUUGUAGCCAUUCCCUUCAGUGUUCUCAUCUUUGUCUACGAUGAGUGUCGCCGGUUCCUCUUACGUCGCAACCCUGGCGGCUGGGUCGAGAAAGAGACCUACUACUAGCGCAUGCCGCUCUGCGCCGCGUCGUGUCCGACUGCACGCCACAUCUGCACUCGCUACGGAUUUCGUCAGUGCGCGGUUUUUUAUUUUUUAAAUUAGCAGAGCUACUGGUAGGGGAAAUCAUGUGCACCAUUGGACCGAAUCGUGAUGAUGUAAAGAGUUCAAGCAACGACCAAAUGUUGUGGGACUUUGCGACACAAACUUCAAAAAAAGGCGUUCAAGAUUAAAAUAACCAGAAAGAGGAAUACUGUAUCACAAGGUAGAUAUAUAUCUCUGCAUUUAUUACCACGUAGACCACGUAGACCAUGUAGACGUUUUUUAGAAGUAAUGACACGUACUUUGGGGAGUCGGUCACGGCCUACUUUUUAUUUUAAAGAAUCAAAUGAAAAAGUGUGUAGAAAAUUACAGUGAAAAAUAAUUGAAAGAAACAAAAUAACAACAUAUGAGUAGUCAACACUUAUAGCAUUGAAGAGAAUAGUGAGCAUGUAGGUUUUGUUAGGCGAUACGAGUGGACGAUGGGGAUGUCAACCGGGUUUUGGCGCGAUAAAUCGGGGAACGUGCCAUCUUGAAAAGCAUCCUAUUUAGCAACCGUUUUCCUUGAGGAAUGGUUUGUUUUACUCACCACAAAGUUAUCUUUGGUCAUUAAAAAAAAGCAUGUUGAAAACCAAAAGGAAUAAAACACGUGGACUUGGACAUAUUGCAACAUUUUAGGAUUUGAAAUGCAUAUAAAGGCUUCUUUAAGAACUGUUGAACAUCAGUAUCUGAGAGAGAUUUUUGGAGCCCAAACACAAGGCAGCCCUGUAGCAUCGCGCGUCUUUGUUGACACAAAUUUACUCUUGCACAAGAUAAAAAGCCAGAUGAAUGUGUUAACCACGGGAAAAAUUCAACCAAUAGUUUUUUUGUUUAUUCACGCUGUAGGACCCCCAUGUUGAACUACAUUCCUAGAAAAACAGUUUUACAACACUUGUCUGCCAAAUCAAUCACACUAGGAGGACAAACGGGAGUUGAAUUUUUUAAAGGUACAAAACGGGGAAAGGAAUUUGAACCAAAUUCUGUGCUUGUGCUUCUGAAAAGGACCAACUGAUAAAACUCUCUCUGUAAACGGCAAAAUGAGUCUUUUCAGGAUAACCUCCCAAACCGGUUUUAUCCCUGUGUUUAUGACGGUCUCAGCAAAAUAAAUGAAAAGUAACAUGUAUAAUAUCUGCCUGAUCUGUAGCAAACCAUCACUCCAAACCUAGGUCCACAACUUUCCUUUGGAACAUUAUUUGUACAGAAGUGUUGAUAUAUAAAAAAUAUUACAAAUGUAUAGAAUAAGUACCAAAGUAUACGAUCGUAAAAUUUCAUGGUUACUGAUAGUAUUGAAGUGAUAAAUGCGCACACUGUAUGCAAGAGUUUUAUGGUUUUUUGGCUUUCAAGAGUUCAUUCAUUUCACCAGUUUCCUUAUACACACACGCACCAGAGUUUUAGAUAGUCUUGUACGUAUUUGGCUUUUGAGUUGGAGGACUUGUUUUUCUGCUAAACUUGAUCCUGAAACCCGCGCUUGGCUCGUGUUUUCGGCUCGUGCUAAGUUUCGUAAAACUGUCAGCGGAACUAGAAAUGUAUGUGAAGCAUAAAGAAUGUUGCUCUUCACUGGCACCCGAUAGAGACUGCCAGUUGUCCCUAUGCACAAGUAGCUGGUAGUCUGCAGAAGCUUGCGGUGUUACCCUUUUCCCCUUUUGCACAUCCCUGGUUUGAAUAGUUUACUCGAGUGUACAAUUUUUUUUUAACAACCGUUCCCAACUUUACUGCCUUCCAGUUCCGUUUCUCUUGUUUUUUUCUUUAAAAAAAAAUUCACUUUCCUCUGAAACUCGAUGUUAAAACGAGUGUUGAUAUUGUAUUUGCAAUAUGCUUGUUCGUAAAAAAAUACAAUUUGAUAUGAAACCGCUUAAAAGAAUGAACGGAUGUUAUAUAUUCAUAGACAAUAAAUUAAUGUACAUUACAAAAUAUUCUCUAGAAAAUAAAAAAAAAAAUUGUUGAGCAUUUACAGGUGUUAGUUACUUUGUACACAAAAUUGUAAGGUGAUUAGGUAACUUGUAAAAUUGUUAAACACCAGACUAGAUCUUGUUCAUUAUUUUUUCCUCAAAUCCUGAUCUUAUCCACAAAUACAUUUUAAUUGUUAUAUUUAGAAGGUAGCUGCCUCGGUGUUUCUGACAUUUGAUUUCCUGUAUUUCCAAAGUGUCAUUUUCAGUGUGGUAGCACUCCUAAUCAUACAUACUAAAUAACAAUUUGUAGUAUUUUCUCAUUUUUCCUUUAUAGUAUUCACGUUUAUUUUCUUGUUUUAAGUGGCAAGUGUUCUAAAUAUAUUUUUCGAAAUCACCCAGCGCUGGGAACAGUAAUAUGAGAAAAAAAAUAUCAACUGCCCAAAUUGACAGUAUGCCUACUUAAAAAAUAACAAUCUUGCACAAUCCACGUAACAUUGUUUCCCCUUAAAUAUACAGCCAUCUUUAUGUUUUAGUUGUACAUGCAUUCUUUAAAAAGUUUUUCUUUAGCUUUGUGUACUUUCCAUUUAAGAUUAAUUCUAAUUUAGUUUUCACGGUACUAAAUCCAGAUUAAAGUUUUUAAACGGGAUGUGAAUCAGGAUUAGGUAUGUUAAGUUGAUAGUAUUGGUUAGGUUCACUUGGUUAAUAUUGCCUCAAUGGUUACAUUCUUGGUUUAAGCUUUCGUUAUCUUUAACUUGGUUUAAUAGUGCCGACUUUUAAAAUUGGUUUACUCAACUUCAUAUCCACUACUUUCGAUUUGGUAUUUUUGACAUUGCCUCCACAGAACUGCAUAUCAAAAGAUGAAAGUUCUCCAAUUUUGAAGAAUCUUUAAAAAGCCAGUCCCCUUGACAUUGAUCGGUUAUAGAAAUUGCGAUCAUCACGUGAUAUUUUGUACUUUUUAUAUCCAACCGAAGGCCAGUUCCCAUAGUUACAUCGUUGUUUCAAUUUUGUCUGGGUUAAUGUGCUGGCCAGUAAAAGGGUCCUCCAUGUUGAGUUGAAGUUAAAAAAAAACGAAACUUAACAUGGUUGUUCACUGUAAUGUUGUAGCUAGUGCCACCAUUUGCAUCACUUUGCAAGCAUUGCAUGAUUCAUGUAUGCAAAUUUUAUGCAAAUUAGUGUUCUCCCUUGAAACCACUGUAUGUCCACAGUGAAGAGCUCAAUAACGGAGUGUAUAAAACAAAAAAAAACUUCUGCGUGUAAAACAUUGCUGCUAGUUAUUUCUACAGUGUUAUUCCAAUAGGUAUACAUUUGUUGUGAUAUGUACGAAAUCCCUUGUGACUCAAAUUGCAUUCGUGGGUGUACAUUGUACUGUGUCUAAUCUAAAUCCCAUAGAGUUUUAAUGCACCUUCAGCUUUUUACAUACGUUUUCUCCUAUUGGUUGUUUAGUGGAUGUGUUUGCAUGGGUCGGCCAAUCAUACUCGAGCUCAUAUGUGUCAUGGUUACUUAAUUCAAUGUUCAAUAUCAAUGGGAAAAGAAGUGCAGUCGUUCAUUUUAUUAAAAGGUUGCAUGUAAUACUCUUAUUAGUGUUUAAUCUAUGCAGUUGACUUUAAACCAAGCGUUGAUCAGAGCAAUAGCAUGCUGUUGUUUUGAACGAUUCUUUCUUUACCUCUCCCCCGACGUUUCACGAAUGAAUGUUUUAACUAUGUAGUGAUGUCCAAUCAGAGAUGGUGAUUUCAAAUAAUUCUGAAUGUAUUAAGAUAAUAAUACUAAUUACAUAAUAUUUGAUUGAUUCAUUUUCAAGUUUUGGUUUUUUUUUAUAUUGAGUUUACAGAUAUUGAUUAAGAGUUGGUUCCAAUUUGAUGACGCUGCUUAUCACAGAUUGCUGCUAAGCGUGUAUUUGCCGGAAACCAGUCACUAGCAAGAUGUGCAAAUCAUACUCGCUUGGCUGGUUACCGACAGCCUACUCGCUGGUUAUGCAAGCAACUUUGCUCAGCAGCGCAUAACAUUGGACCAAAAAAAAACCAAGUUGUAAUUAUUGGUAUUUUGUUCAUUCCAGUUGCAGAGUUUACUUUGUAUCAUUCUGGUGAGAUUUAAAUUUCAGUGAUAAUUAUUAUUUUUGAUUAAUGAGUAGUUUGACUAGUAGUGUUUUUAUUUUAAUCUCGUAGAAACCUAUACCAUUGGACGUAAUUUUGCCCAACAAAACAAAAAAAAUUCAUACGCAGGGUUUUUCGAAAUCUUGGCUUCGUCAGCGGUUCGGCUUGAAGAGAUACAUUUAGGCCCGUGACUAUCUGGUGUCAGAUGAAAUUUGGACUUCUAUGAAAUCUGGUCCUUAUUACCUUAUUUGGACUCGUACCACACACGUGACCUGUCAAUGUUCACUGAGGAAUACACAAUACCAAUGAGUCCGUAUUUCGUUGAGGCCUUUUUUCACACUUUACAGUAACAUAAGGCCAAAGUUUUGGGGUUCUUCCAUGGGUAUGAACUUGAAAAAGAUUCGAUACUUGAGCCAGAAGUCGCAGCCAAAACGAAGCCGGGGUUUCGAAACUCGCUCCCCAUCCAAUUUUGGUGUAAACCAUUGUUAUCCCAGCAUAGGGGUGGACACACAUCGUGUGAGUUCCCCGUAUUCGUGUGGUACAUCCCAAAUUGACAAUCAUUAGCUCUCAUUGUUUUUGGAUCACAUUCGUGCAGUUCGUUCCAUGGUUCUUUUCUUGUCGUAGAGGUCAUAAUUUUUAAUGAAACCCCCUCCGAGGCAGUGCACUCUCCUUUUGUGUGAAUAGAAAUUUAGGAGGAUCCAUUGCUCUUUGCAGGGAUGUGUUAAGGAUGAAGGCAGCAGCCUUGUUAUGAGAAUAAAAAAUCGUCCUUGUGAGUUUAACAAUAAAA